CCAACAGCGCUGGCCGCAAACACAUCUUUGACGACAGACACGCACGAUACGAGACACAGAAAUAAACAAAGCGAAGACCCCCAACCCACCACGACCAGACAGGGGAGCUUGCGGAGCAUCAUAUCAGGGCAUCAAGGAACUACCGGCAACACGACCACGACACCCGGACGACAGCAAUCAUGAGCUACUACUUCGCCAUCAUUGGCACCCAAGAUAACCCGCUCUUCGAGUAUGAAUUUGGCACCAGCAAACAAGGCGGCGACGGCAUGGCUCGCUUCACGGAACAAGCGCGACAGCUCAACCAAUUCAUCAUCCACAGCAGUCUGGACAUAGUCGAAGAAGUCCAAUGGACCAACGGGCAAAUGUACCUCAAACUAGUCGACCGCUUCUUCACCUCGUACAUCUCCUGCUUCCUAACCGCCUCCAACAUCAAAUUCCUCCUAUUGCACCAACCCCCCUCCUCCUCCACCCUGACCGGGGGUACCAGCCGGACCUCGACCUCGAUAGCAGCCAACCCGACCUCCCCACAGACCGAAGAAGCGAUACGGAAUUUCUUUGCCGAGGUCUAUGAGAAUUACGUGAAAGCCAUCAUGAGCCCGUUUUACAGGACGAACAUGGAGAUUCGGAGCCCGGUUUUUCGGGCGAGGGUGGCGGCUGCGGGGAGAAAGUAUUUGUAG